UCACACUAUCACUCCAGUUACGAAAAAGCGUAUCAACAGGCUGCAUUCUUCAAUUUCAAUUACAAUGUUUAUUAUUAUUUGUUUAAAUAAAUAAACAUUUGCAGUGUAAUUCAUGGCCUAUUUGAUUGGUAACAUACAAACUGGUCGCCUGUUUAUUCCACAAGCCUCUAGCUUUUUGACGAAAAAUGAAGAUUUGGAAGCGCUACGCUAUAAUCAUUACGCUAGUAGCGUGCGUCACGUUUUACGUCACAUACAUAGCCUUCAAACACGUGAAAUUAAAAUACGGCGGUCGGAAAUACAGUGGAAGCGGCAGUAUAUUUUCAGACUCAGUGGAAUUUAACAGAAAUCCAAAAGCUAUAUUUUAUGAUCUCUACGCUCAUUCACCAUUUUAUGAGAUUUUAAAAGACACGGUGUUAUCCGAAUUGACGGACUAUCGAAUCAAGGAGAUUUUAAACAAUCCGGCCUAUCCACAGAUCGAGGAGCUGCACACUCAAAGCAGGAUCGACGUUCUUCUGAGCGAUCUCCUUCCGGUUAACAGGCCGAUUCCCGACUCGCGACCUCCAGGUUGCUCGAGUCUCUCCUACCCGACGGAUCUGCCGACGGUGAGCGUGGUGAUACCGUUCCACAACGAGUGGCCGUCGGUGAUCUUACGUACGGUAUACAGCCUGGUGAACCGGUCACCUCCGCAUCUGCUCAAGCAAAUAAUACUCAUCGAUGACAACAGCAAUCUACCGAGCCUACAAGCUCAUUUCCAAGAGGUUCUGGAGAAGCAUUUUCCGGGAAAUCUCGUCACGCUUCGGCGACUGCACGUGAGGUCUGGUCUCGUGCGCGCGCGACUCGAAGGGCUUAAACUGGUGACGUCAGAUACUGUGACGUUUUUCGAUAGCCACAUGGAGGUCAACGAAGGAUGGUUGCCUCCCUUACUUGCGCAAAUCCGCAAGGACCGGAAAACUGUUGCCAUGGCUCAGUUGGACUACAUUAACAAGGAUACGCUGGCGUAUGAAUAUGACUACGGUUACAAGACGCGCUAUGGCUUCGACUGGAAGAUGCUAUUCUUCGAGACUUACUUUCGGGCCGAUCAGCUGCGAGGCAAGACCGAGACGGACCCACUACCGGGCGUGGUGAUGGUAGGCCCAGGGGCGGUGAUAGAUGUCCAGUACUUCAAGGAGAUCGGGGCCUAUGACCCGGACAUGAUGAUCUGGGGAGGAGAGAACCUCGAGUUGCCAUGGAGGGUUUGGUUAUGCGGCGGCCGCAUGCUGCACGUGCCCUGCUCACGGGUAGGUCACAUCGCCCGUACACAGCCGUACCAUUUCCCGCACGGAAGGCAGGCGACAGAGAACAGGAACUACAAGCGUGCAGUCGAAGUCUGGAUGGACGGGUACAAGGAGUACGUGUAUGAGGCUAACCCGGAGAUCAAGACGGCAGACGCAGGCGACCUGACUGAGCGGCUAGCGCUGAAAGAGAGGCUGCAGUGCCGUCCCUUCCGAUGGUUCCUGGAAAACGUGUGGCCGGAACUGCUCGUCUACAAGGAGUAUAACACUGCCUGGGGAUACGUUGAGAACACGGCAGACGACCAGCACCGUUGCUUGGACAACAACGGGUACCUUUUUUCCCUGGGCGCGCCCUUGGUGGCCGCACCAUGUGCGUACAAACUUUCGUUAUCCGAGGCGGCCACGCGGGAAACUGCCACUAGACAGACGUUUGCGCUAACUCGUGACAGGCGAUUCCGGUCGCUGCUGCAGUGUAUCCAGGUCAAAGGUUCAUUUUUCAGCGACAAGAUGGCCACCAUGGUCGGGUGCUAUGAAGGCGAGAAGGAAACAUGGACACACGACGGGCCUGGACUGUUAAAACACGAUUUAACGGGUCUCUGCUUAGAGAUAAGUCGAGAAGGGGGACUGCGCAUGUCCGAAUGUGACGUCACAAGCCAGCGACAACACUGGGUGUUCCAUGUGUAUAAUCCAGCUGGAAACCAAUAGGCUGUUCCAGGCAAAAAACACAAACUUUGAUUGCAACGGAAGACGUUUUGCUCUUCAAAAAACCAUGCAUCGUCUGCAAUCCAUGCAAGGACAAUCAAGGGGCACAAUGUAUUAUAUUUUCAAUUCAUGUAAAGACCGUUUCAGUUACCGGUAUUCGCAUUUACUAGUGUCCAUGAUCUUUCUUUUACUAAUGCACAUCAAUUUUGAAAUACAUUUUAGCGUUUUAUUUUUAUUUUUAUAAACACUAAAGCGGUUGUCUUCGGUUCAGUUGGUUUUACAAGCAUAUUUUUUUUUAAAUAGUAUUACGCAAGCAGGUUGUAUAUACGGGUAGGUAUUCAUAUCAUUUGUAGAAUGUAUUUCAUAUAUGUAUUGAUUGAAUUUGUAACCAGAUUUCAAAUAAAUAGUAUCAUAAUGCACUUAAAUGGACUACAAUAAUCUGUGACCUGUGAUAAAAUUCAAGUUAUGGUUUGCAUAUUGAACAAUUUUAUAUUAAUUUUAAAUACUUGCGUUUUUAUUGCUUAUAUACAUAUUGACAAUUGGUUAGUGAAAAUAUAUGUUUGUGUAUAUCAUAUCAAUUGUAAUAUUUUAAAUAAUAUUUUGUUGAACAAUAGAUUGCUCAAGUAGGUUUUCAUUGUUAAUAUGUAUAUGAAAAUUAUUACAUAUAGUGUAGGUACUGAACUAUACGUCCAGGCAUAUAAUCAAAGUUUUGUUUGUUAAUUAUAACAUUACUCAAAUUGAAAAUAGUAUUAUAACAACUGUUCAUUAUUCUAGCACAUUGUACAGAAUAAUUCAUUCAUAAUGAGACAGUAAAUCGCAUCAUGUUUCAAACAUGUUUUCUUGGCUUAAAUGGUUAAACUUUGAUAUUGCAUUAUCAACAUCAUUCAACGGUAAUCCAUUUAUAUAUGAUCUCAUUACAUUUUGAAAAACUUAUCAAUCGGUGAUGAAUAAACAAAACUCAAAUAAAAUGUCAGAAGAAGAAGUAGUUGAAAAUAAACGUUAGAAGUUUUUUGUCAAUUUUAAAUUUUUUUCCGCUUGAAAUCAGGAAAGACCUAUAUGUAAACAAGACACUCACACUGUUGGGAAACUACGUUCCCUCGACAAAGUAAUUCACAUGACAUAGCUUACUCGUUCCCUUGAGUAAGUAAGUCGUUCCCUGGAGCUAGUAUGUCGUGGGAACGAGAUAGUAAACAAGUAGAGUUCAUUUUAAAAAGGGGAGUUAAUGUCACCUCUUUGCCACCGUAGGAAAUAUAUCGACUAGCAUAUAAUGCAUGAUUUGAGCACUUGGCGUCUCAUCCCUUUGUCUGCCCCGGAAAGAUCACUUAUUAAGACGCGUCAUGUGAAAGCGCAGUCUGACCUAGAGCUACCCUUUCCGCGAUGAAGUGAGGCAACUCUUAGUGGUGUAGUUAGCAGACAGGGUAGCAAAUGCGCAGGCUAGUUUGAAGCUUCGCUGGCCGCAUGCCAUUUACUUACAAAAUAUAUCGAUAACACUGUUCUUGUUUGUUAGACUUAUGAUUUAUUGCAUGUGUGUAAUAAUAAUGAAGCACUUUUUUCGUUUACAGCUGGAACUAAAUAUAUGUUACUUAUAUCA